CAUAUGUAAUCUUGGCCUAAAAACUCAUUUUAUGCAAAAAGUUUUCAUCCUUUUCAGUUUCAAGAAGAAUAAGAUUCAAGGAUCUAGCCUUUAGUAAUAUGAUGGAGAAGCUCUCUGGUCAUGGUCAAGAGGAAGAUCAAAUGGAUAUGCCUCCUGGAUUCCGGUUUCAUCCAACCGAUGAAGAGUUGAUCACUCAUUAUUUGUCUAACAAAGUUGUCGAUAACAACUUUGUCGCUAAGGCUAUCGCGGAGGUUGAUAUGAAUAAAAUUGAGCCAUGGGAAUUGCCUAAGUUGGCGAAAUUGGGAGGGAAAGAGUGGUAUUUCUUCUGUGUUAACGACAAGAAGUACCCGACCGGAUUGAGGACAAACCGAGCAACCGCGGCAGGUUAUUGGAAAGCGACCGGAAAAGAUAAGGAGAUUUCAAGGGGGAAAUUGCUGGUCGGAAUGAAGAAAACUUUGGUUUUCUACAUGGGAAGAGCUCCAAAAGGGGAAAAGACGAAUUGGGUGAUUCAUGAAUAUAGAUUAGAGGGUAAAUCAUUGCUUUCAAACUUGCCAAGAUCAGCUAAGAAUGAAUGGGUGAUUUGUCGCGUGUUUCACAAGACUUCAGGGGGCAAGAAAUUGCACAUUUCAGACCUAACGAGGACGGAUUCGGGUGGUGUUGCUACUUCUCUGCCACCAUUGGAGUCACCCAAGAUCAUUCCAAACCUAUCCAAUUCGAUUCAUGUGCCCUGCUUCUCCAAUUCGGUCGAAUUCCAAACAACUCAAAAGAACAUGCUCAAUAAUUUCCUCAACAAACCAAUUUUCCCACUCGAAUCAAAUUCCAAUUUGUUGCUUAGCGUCCAGUCGGAUCCACUAACGCAACAAUUCCCUUCUGGCUCUAUGUUCCCGGUGUGUGAUCAAGCGAUCUUGAGGGGUUUAAUCGGGUCCUAUAGUCACGGGUUAAAGAUGGAGUCAGAGAUGGUUAGCGCGUCACAUGACACUGGGGUGAGCUCGGAGAAGAACAUUGAAAUUUCGUCGAAUCUUGAAAAGGGUAUAAGGGGAAUUGUAAAUCAAGAAGCCCCAUCAACUUCAAUUGGACCAAUUGAUUUGGAUUGCCUAUGGAAUUAUUGUAAUCAAUAAUUGGGAACAAGAAGUUGUUCACGAGGAUGAAUGUAUGAAUUAUGAUGGCUGGUUUUCUUUCAUGUAGUUGAUGUUGAAAGCAUGAAAGGGAAUGAUGAUGGUUGGGUUGAGGCAAACAUAUAAGUAUGAAUAUGAAGAAAUUAAGAAAUUGUAGAUAACAUUAUUAGUACUAAAUUUUGUAUUAAUUAUGUGGCAAUUAGUCAUA